AAGGUGCCGGUAGAGUGCCCGGUACUCUGCUCAAUUAUCGGUAUUAUCAAUUGCAGUCCAGUAAAGCACAACGACUGUGGUCUUAGAAAAAAAAAUAGCAAAAAUUGUUUGAUAAACGUCAUUUAAGAAAGUAUUUAAACAAUUCAAGUUUGUCAUCAAUUAAGAAAAAUAUAACAAAAUGUCCAAAAAACCAGGUACUACUCAAGCAAUGCAUAAGGUUAUAAUGGUUGGAAGUGGAGGUGUUGGAAAAUCUGCUCUCACAUUACAAUUUAUGUAUGAUGAGUUUGUGGAAGAUUAUGAACCUACAAAAGCAGAUUCUUAUAGAAAGAAAGUUGUAUUAGAUGCAGAAGAAGUACAAAUAGAUAUAUUAGAUACUGCAGGACAAGAAGAUUAUGCAGCAAUUCGAGAUAAUUAUUUUCGAAGUGGAGAAGGAUUUCUUUGUGUAUUUUCUAUAACAGAGGAUGAUAGUUUUCAAGCUACGCAAGAAUUUAGGGAACAGAUCCUUAGAGUAAAAAAUGAUGAAAACAUUCCAUUUUUACUAGUGGGAAAUAAAAGUGACUUACAAGAGAAAAGAAAAGUUGGUUUAAAUGAAGCUCAAGCCAGAGCAGAACAAUGGGGUGUACCAUAUGUAGAAACAAGUGCAAAAACAAAAGAAAAUGUUGAUAAGGUAUUUUUCGACUUGAUGCGUGAAAUAAGAUCGCGCAAGAUUGAAGAUAAAUCAGCAAGCAACGGUCGUGGAAAGGACCGUGCCACAAGGAAGAAAAAGAAGUGCAAAAUUCUAUAGGUAUUUUUUGAUUUAAUGCGUGCAAUAGCUGCACGUAAAGCGCAAGAAAAUCAAGGAGAUGGAAGUGAACGUAAGAAGAAAAGAAAUUGCUGUAUUUUACUCUAACAAAUGUAAAACAAGCUCUUAUAAUGGAACGUUCGACUUCUAAUUGAAAAAACCUGAGUAAGAGAAAUGUAUUUGUAUACAUACAUACAUAUAUACAAAUAUAUAUACAAAUGCAUCAUAUAUACAUAUACAUACAGAAGAAAGUUUUCUGACACUUUACAGUGAAUUGACACUAAAAAUAAAACAAUUGCAUUAAGAAUACGUAA